UAUCAUCUCGUUGUCACGUUUCUUCUUUCCCCAUCGUCGUUUUUCAACUUUUCAUUUCGGCGAUCCGCGCCCGCGAUAAUGCGAGUUUAACGAGCGAUUGCGACACUUUUAUUACAUGAAAAAUAUUUUUGGACUUUGCGCGCGGGGCCGAGGUAAUUAGACGGGACACGAAAAUUAACAUAUGCCUGUUGACGACGGCGGAUAUCUGUGGAUUUUUUCUCUGCGACGUGAUCUCCGCUGCCAGCCGAUCUUAAUAGCGCAUUGUCAAUUGCGAUUGCGAGAUAUUUCGGGAAUGUACGGCGGAAUGCAUUCAUUCCUCUGACAUUGGGAUUCUACCAAUCCGGGCAUUUAUAGAUGGUUCUCCUCGUUGUACCAUAAAUAGAUGUGAUUUUUUUUUCUUUUUUGCUUAGUUAUCGCCGAACGAAAUCUUUUCUUUUUUUUUUCUCUUUGGAAAAGUCAUUUUUACAAAACGUCGCGUAGCCAGUUUUUCUCGAAAUUCACCGAAAUCGUUCCAAUUUCAUAAUGUUGUGCACGAAGUAUAAAUUGAACGUGCGCGUUUACUGUUUCACGUCGUUUUGCAACAAUGUUGACUUAUCGGUGAAGGAGUCACGAGAAUUAAGAGAACCAGCCCACCAUGCAAGAAGACCAAUGAAUGCUUUUCUUAUUUUUUGUAAACGACACCGUGGUUCAGUGCGAUCUGGUUUCCCACAUUUGGAAAAUCGAGCAGUUACUAGGGUUCUUGGUGAAUGGUGGGCCACCCUUCAUCCAGAUCAGAAACGUUCUUACACAAACUUAGCACAGGAGUACAAAGAUGCAUUCUUAAAUGCAAAUCCUGACUUUAAAUGGUACAAAUUGCCAGCACCUCCUUUACGUACUUUGAAUACUAGGCCUACAAACAAAAAGGCAGAAACAAAUCCUAAUGAGCAACUAGUAGAAAGUGUAAAAUCUGAGAACAAGUCUUCCGAUUAUUCAAAAUCUGACAAGCGGGAUGGACAAUCAAUUCAACCAGGAAAAUUAGCUGAUGAAUCCCAAAUUGGUGGUCUCAGUUCAUUAUUCACACCUCAAAAAAUACAAGCAGCAGAUGAGCAAGUGACUAUUAAUGAUUCUGUGAUUGAAAAUGAUACUGAAGUUCCAAAACCUCCUAAGAAACGAUAUUUAGAAAUACCUUUUUCACCUGAUAAUAAGAGAGAAUGCAAAGCUGAUCUUUUUGAUGCAAAAAAGAGAAGAAAAUCUGAAUCCAAUAACAAUGUGCAUCAAUGUGACACAGAAGAUGAAAAAAUAGAAAUAAAUAAUUUUUUAACUACAAACAUGCCUUCAGAAGAAAGUAAUUUUAGAAGUGAACGAACAUGCAAAGGUUUGCGUUAUCAAAAGUUCCUUGCUGAACAAAUGAAAAAUGUUGGUGUAUCAGGACAGCAGCCUAAGAGAAGAAAACAAACUGGAAAUCGUAGUGAUGGUCAAGUAAAUGAAAGAAGAAAUUCUAUUUCUUCAAAUGUCAGUGAGAAAACAGAUUCCUUAAGUAGUGAAGGUGGAAAUAGCUCUCGCGGUGAAUUAGAGCAUCUUGUUGAAAGUGCUGAAGGAAAUAUAGAAGCGUCAAAGCCAGAAGAAACAGAAACUGAAGGCACAGAAGGACAAGUUGAUUUUGGACCAUGGACUGCAAGAAAAAGGUUUCGAGCUGAGGAUUUUAAUUUAGAAAAGAAAAUUGAAGCCUUACCAUCUUUAAGUUUAGAAGAAUUUCAGGAAAAGAAGAAACAACAACGUACGAAAAAGAAAAAGAUUGUACAAAAAUUAACAUCGACUACGAAUAACAAAAGGCAUCAGAAUAAUUUUGAUACCAAUGAUCAAGUAAACAGUCAAAACAAUGCAAAAAUAUCUCAAACAGAACGUGAAAAUUCUGAAGAUGCUGAGAAACUUCUAGUUGGAAGUCAAAAGAGGAAAGCACGAAAACAGAGCAUUACACGCAAUGCGGCAGCUAUAAACGAUUCAAAGCAAAUUGAAAUUGAGGAACCCAACAAACCGUGGUGUGCGUCGCCGGACUUAGAAGCACUGGCAUGUCUUGCAGCAGUUGCCGCCAACAGAACAAAACUUACCAAAAAUAACACAUAAGAAAUAUAUAUUUUUCAUAUUUAACAGUCGUUUAUGACGUAAACUUGUACUAAGUAAAACAAAAUCUCUUCAUCUAUUCAUUUAUUUCUUAAUACAAUUUCUUAUUAGCUGAAUUAUUAAAAUAAUUGCUUUGAUUGCUGUUAAAAAAAAAAAAAU